GUCCCUUGGUCGGAUGUCCGGUUGGAUGUCCAGUUCGUCAUGCGGAUGGACCAUGGGUACGAGGAGGCCUUGGAUAUCCUCCGUCAGGAUCGUCCGGCCCACCAGUAUUUCCUUAAGCCUUGGCUUCUGGAGAUGCUGGUCAAGAUGAUGUACCAUGGCACCCUGGACGACACUCCCUGGACGCGGUACGUCCCCGAGACCUUCUACAAGAUGGCUGAGGUCACGCUCCAAGGACGUCUCCGGUCGGGUAUGUACCCCGAGGAAUUUCUUCCACUGCGUAACCUGGCUGAAGAUGCUACCGCCGAGAUGGAGAUCGUCGAGGUCGAUGACUCUAGUGAG